GUUUGUUCCACUUCCACUCGAGGGGGAGCUGAAGAUGACGUCUUUGCCAGGGACUGUGCCGCGAAUGAUGCGCCCGGCCCACGGACAUCAGAACUACCCACGGACCGGCUUCCCUCUGGAAGUGUCCACUCCUCUGGGCCAGGGCCGCGUCAACCAGCUGGGCGGAGUGUUCAUCAACGGCCGGCCUCUGCCCAACCACAUCCGCCACAAGAUCGUGGAGAUGGCUCAUCACGGCGUCCGACCGUGCGUCAUCUCCCGCCAACUGCGCGUCUCGCACGGCUGCGUGUCCAAGAUCCUGUGCCGAUACCAGGAGACCGGAUCGAUCCGGCCCGGGGCCAUCGGAGGCAGCAAGCCCAGACAGAUCGCCACGCCGGACGUGGAGAAAAGGAUCGAACAAUACAAGAGUGACAGCCCGGGAAUUUUCAGCUGGGAAAUCCGGGAUAAAUUACUGAAGGACGGCAUCUGUGACCGCAGCAGCGUCCCCUCAGGUGAGACUCUGUCUGUGAGUUCCAUCAGCAGAAUACUGCGAGCUCGUUUUGGGAAGAAGGACGAGGAAGAGGAGGAGGAGUGCUUGAAAAAGGAGGAAGAGGAGGACAAGAGGACCAAGCACAGCAUUGACGGCAUCCUGCGAGACAAAGGAAGCCGGAUGGAUGAAGUGUCGGACGUGGAGUCGGAGCCGGAUCUCCCCCUGAAGAGGAAGCAGCGCAGGAGCCGCACCACCUUCACGGCCGAGCAACUGGAUGAACUGGAGAAGGCUUUUGAACGCACCCACUACCCGGACAUCUACACCAGGGAGGAGCUGGCUCAGAUGACCAAACUCACAGAGGCGCGCGUCCAGGUGUGGUUCAGCAAUCGCAGGGCCAGGUGGCGGAAACAAGCGGGAGCCAAUCAGCUAACAGCUUUCAACCACCUGUUGCCUAGCGGGUUUCCCGCCACAGGGAUGGCCGCCAUUCCUACGUACCAGCUGGCAGACUCCAGCUACCCAAGCAACCUUUUGUCCCAAGAUGGCGGAGGUACGGUUCACCGACCCCAACCGCUUCCUCCGUCCACGGUGCACCAAAGUGGUCUGUCCAGCAGUGACAGCAGUUCCACCUACGGCCUCGCUUCUAAUCGACACGGCUUUUCUGGCUACUCGGACACUUUCAUGGCCUCUGCGGCACCCGGCGGCCACGUGAACUCCGUCGGCGCCGGGCUUCCCCCGCAGGUGAUGAGCAUCCUGAGCAACCCGAGCGGCGUUUCCUCGCAGCCGCAACACGACUUCUCCGUGUCGCCGCUCCACGCCAUGCUGGAGGCCCCCCCGUCGGCCCCCGCCGCCGUCCAGCGCUCCACGGAGGCGUCCGUCAAGACGGCGGACAGCCUGGCGUCCUCGCAGUCCUACUGCCCGCCCACAUACGGCGCCGCCAACUACGGCGUGGACUACCAGUACGGUCAGUACGGCCAGACGGCCAUGACUUCUCCGGCCAAGAACGGCAGUUUGUCCAGCCAGCGCCGGGUGAAGCUCUCCGACCACUCGGGUGUUGUGGGACUGCUACAGGUGGAGACGGGCCAGGUGUAUUAG